AGGAAGACGGGAGGGGGGAAAAAGUGGCCAGAAAAGUGUUGAGUAUUCUUGCAGAGGAGGGACGUCACAGCCCGAACACAGACAGCAGAAGUAGGAAUAGGAUCAUACCAAGACAGGAGAGAGAAGUUCAAUCUGACACAUCAAAACAUACAACAUUACAAGCAAAAGGACAAAGUUGAUUCCCGAUGCGACUCGUUAGGGAAUAUCUGAAUGAUAAUAAAUAUUAUGUAUGCAUCGUGACCAGUCGCUGCCAUAAAGGGUUCGGGCUGAAAACAAGGGACUGAUUAUGGUUUUCCGUUCUUCCCCCUCUCUUUCUCUCCCAACAAAUCGGCGGAGGUUUUGCGCACAGCCGGGAGGUGCCGCUGACUGACGGCAGGAGGGAAUGAAAGUUUGCCAGGCGGGCGGAAUAUUUUUUCGACGUAAACACUUCUCGUUUUGGACACCAGGACUGCGCAUUUCAAUUCUGUACACAUUGCAGAUACUUCUAAAAACUGUGGACAUUCACUUAGCCGAGCAGUGACAUCGAAAUCCACACAGAAAUCCUGUUUAAGGCGUGUGCGUGGGUCGCGCCGUGACAUGACGGCAGUGGCAGAUUGACGCGGAUAUCACGAGCGCCGCUGUUUGGGAGCUCGGCUUUUUGACUUGUCGCGAAGUUCUGCCUCUCGAUUGACCUAUUUUGUGAUAUAUAUACGGCUCGUGAAUAUAUAUUAAUAUACUGUUUGUGACUGAGGCACGCUUGGCUUAAUUUACGCAGUGCUGCCAAGAUGAGUGUAGAGACGGAGCGCAGUGUGGCACAUCUGACUCAAGCUCGUGGAAAUGUUGCCAUGCAGUCUUCAGGAUUAUAGGCUCAGCCUUUAUCAUCGAUAAAUGCUCGCUAGGCAUUUCUCUGUGUUUUCCGGCUAACGUUCGCCUGAAGAACCGGGUCACUUGGCCUCAAAGAACCUUUUGUUUUCCGGUAAAGAAGAAAACAAACAUUUUAUGGUCCGAUAUCCUGCAGCUGUUGUUGGUUAAACUGGUUGAGGCGGGGACGAGCCAAAUGUUUCUCCAGGGACCUCACAAGUUUUUCUGAACGGUCCCUUGAAAUAAACAUUGUGGUAAAAAAUAAUAGCGCAGUCGUAUCUGCACUUUUGGAGUACCUAUUUUGAAUUUUCCGUUUUAGAAAUCUUGCAACAAUGUCAGAAAACGCACCUACGCGGAGUCUGGAUGACAUCGACCUGGCCGCCCUGCGGGACCCAGCAGGAAUCUUCGAGCUGGUGGAGGUCGUGGGCAACGGCACCUACGGACAAGUGUACAAGGGUCGUCAUGUUAAGACUGGUCAGCUGGCAGCCAUAAAGGUCAUGGAUGUGACUGAGGAAGAGGAGGAGGAAAUCAAAGCUGAGAUUAACAUGCUGAAGAAGUACAGUCACCAUAGGAACAUCGCCACCUACUAUGGAGCUUUCGUGAAGAAGAGCCCGCCUGGACAUGACGACCAGCUCUGGUUGGUGAUGGAGUUUUGCGGUGCUGGCUCAGUAACAGACUUGGUGAAGAACACGAAGGGCAGCUCCCUGAAAGAAGACUGGAUUGCUUACAUCUGCAGAGAAAUACUGAGAGGUCUGUCUCACCUCCAUGCUCAUAAAGUCAUCCACAGAGACAUCAAGGGACAGAAUGUACUGCUUACAGAGAACGCAGAGGUUAAACUCGUGGACUUUGGGGUGAGCGCACAGCUGGAUCGUACAGUCGGUAGAAGAAACACUUUUAUUGGCACUCCAUACUGGAUGGCCCCAGAAGUCAUUGCCUGUGAUGAGAAUCCCGACUCCACCUAUGAUUAUAGGAGUGAUAUCUGGUCUCUGGGAAUCACCGCUAUAGAGAUGGCUGAAGGAGCACCUCCAUUGUGUGACAUGCAUCCCAUGCGAGCUUUGUUCCUUAUCCCACGGAACCCACCUCCUAAACUGAAGUCCAAGAAAUGGUCGAAGAAGUUCAUUGACUUCAUCGAGGGCUGUCUUGUGAAGUCCUAUCCGAGUCGUCCAUCCACAGAACAGCUGCUGAAGCACUCGUUCAUCAGAGACCAGCCAACUGAGAGACAAGUCCGCAUCCAGCUCAAAGAUCACAUUGACCGCACUCGCAAGAAACGCGGUGAAAAAGAGGAGACCGAGUACGAGUACAGCGGUAGUGAUGAAGAGGAUGAGAACAGAGGAGAUGAGAGAGAAUCCAGCUCUAUUUUGAAUGUUCCUGGUGAGUCGACGUUGCGGAGGGAUUUCCUGCGGCUGCAGCAGGAGAAUAAGGAGCGCUCAGAGGCCCUAAAGAGACAGCAGGCGCAGCUCGCCGCUCAGCGCAGAGACCCUGAGGAGCACAAACGCCAGCUGCUGCAUGACCGGCAGAAGCGGAUAGAGGAGCAGAAAGAACAGAGGCGUCGCUUGGAGGAGCAACAGCGAAAGGAGAGAGAUAUGGUGCGGCAGCAACAGGAUAAAGCUCCUCACCGGAGACUCGAUGACAUGAGACGAGAGGAGGACAGGAGGAUGGCAGAGAGAGAGCAGGAGUUUAUAAGACAUAAGUUGGAGGAAGAGCAGCGGCAGUUAGAGAUACUGCAGCAGCAGUUACUUCAGGAGCAGGCAUUGCUCAUGGAGUAUAAACGUAAACAGCUGGAGGAGCAGAGACAGUCAGAAAGACUUCAGAGACAGCUGCAGCAGGAGCAUGCGUACCUCGUCUCACUCCAGCAGCAACAGCAGCAACAAGACAAGAAACCACAGAUGUACCACUACAGCAAGAACCUGGAGAACAACAAACCAUCCUGGGCUAGAGAGGUUGAGGAGCGCAGUAAACUGAACAGACAGGGCUCUCCUAAAAUCUGCACUACAGUGUCUGACACCAAUAUCCAGUCCCGUUCAGAAUCAAUCAGCCAAUCAGGAGCCGCACAGACCCCACCUAUGCAGAGACCUGUGGAACCACAGGGUGGCCAGGGAAAGUUCCAGAUGGCCCACCUGGUGCCGUUAAAACCGUAUGCCGCUCCUGUCCCUCGCUCUCAGUCUCUUUGCGAUCAGCCCACUAAGACCAUGUCCGCCUUCCCCACCCAGGAUCCCUCUCCCACACCCACACCUCGUCCUCUACACUCCAGAGAACUAGUCCGUCAAAACUCUGACCCCACCUCAGAGACCCCUGCCCCUCAGUCUCGGCCAAUGAGGGAUGACCGGGGACCUUGGAUCCGUCUUCCUGAGAUUGAACAACCUCCUAAAAUUCCCCAGAGAACAGCCUCCAUAGCCACUGCACUGAACACAAAUCUCUCCUCCGGCAUCAGACACCCAGUUCGAGCAAGUAAUCCUGAUCUGAGUCGCAAUGAGCGCUGGGAGAGAGGAGAUAGCAUAAGCAUCAUGUCCAAUCUGCCACAGACCGGCUCUCUAGAACGACACCGCAUACUCAGCUCAUCCAAGAUGGAUUCCUCCCCCACCCUUUCUCAUGACGGCCGACACAAACCAGGAGAAUCCCGAACCUCAUCCAGACCCAGCAGACCAGCGAGCUAUAAGAGAGCAAUAGGAGAGGACCAUGGUCUGUACUCUAAGGAACGGGCAGAGGAGCAGCCGCGGCCCCCAGUGAAGGCUAAUGAUUACUCCUCUUCCUCAGAAAGCAGUGAGAGCAGUGAAGAGAGUGAGAGUGGAGAGGGAGCAGAAGAGGAAAGCCCUACUGACCGCCCACGUGAUGCAGAUUCUGACUCUGUUAACACAAUGGUGGUCCACGAGGAGGAGGAAGGUGAAGGAGGAGACGAAGAACGUGCCAGAGGAUAUGGAGACCAAACCAUGCUUGUUCAGAGGACUCCAGAGAAGCGUAGUCAUAAUGGAUACACUAACCUGCCUGAUGUGGUUCAGCCCUCCCACUCUCCCACAGACUCUGCCUCCCACUCUUCUCCUGGGAAAGACUCUACCUAUGAUUACCAGUCCAGGGGAUUGGUGAAGGCCUCUGGAAAGUCCUCUUUUACUACCUUUGUGGACCUUGGAAUGUACCAACCAUCUGGGGGCACAGGAGAUAACAUGUCUGGUGGAGGUCUGGGCUCUCGCUUUGAACAACUGAAGCUGGAGGUGAGGAAAGGGUCCAUGGUCAAUGUCAAUCCCACCAACACUCGUCCAGUUAGUGACACUCCUGAAAUCCGCAAAUACAAGAAGAGAUUCAACUCUGAGAUCCUCUGUGCUGCUCUCUGGGGUGUGAAUCUGCUGGUAGGGACAGAGAACGGUCUGAAGCUGCUGGAUCGAAGUGGCCAAGGGAAGGUUUAUCCAUUGAUCAACUCACGCAGGUUUCAACAGAUGGAUGUUCUGGAGGGACUGAACCUCCUCAUCACUAUAUCAGGGAAGAAAAAUAAGGUGCGUGUGUAUUAUCUAGCCUGGCUGAGGAAUAAAAUCCUCCAUAAUGACCCAGAGGUGGAGAAGAAACAGGGCUGGACCACUGUAGGAGAAAUGGAGGGCUGUGUGCACUACAAAGUUGUGAAAUAUGAAAGGAUUAAGUUUCUGGUUAUCGCUAUGAAGAAUGCGGUGGAGGUUUACGCCUGGGCUCCCAAACCUUACCACAAAUUCAUGGCCUUCAAGUCAUUUGGAGACCUGCCACACAGGCCUCUGUUGGUUGACCUCACUGUGGAAGAGGGUCAGAGGUUAAAGGUCAUCUAUGGGUCAUGUGCUGGCUUCCAUGCCAUUGAUGUUGACUCUGGAAACAACUAUGACAUCUACAUUCCUGUACAUAUCCAGUCACAGGUGACUCCUCACGCCAUCGUUUUCCUGCCCAAUUCAGAUGGGAUGGAGAUGCUGUUGUGUUAUGAGGAUGAGGGUGUUUACGUCAACACGUAUGGGCGCAUCAUUAAAGAUGUGGUGCUGCAGUGGGGAGAAAUGCCCACUUCUGUGGCCCACAUCUGCUCUAAUCAGAUCAUGGGAUGGGGAGAGAAGGCCAUAGAGAUCCGUUCUGUUGAGACGGGACACCUGGAUGGAGUCUUCAUGCACAAGAGAGCUCAGAGGCUCAAGUUCCUAUGUGAAAGAAAUGACAAGGUGUUUUUUGCAUCAGUGCGUUCUGGUGGCAGCAGUCAAGUCUACUUUAUGACCCUCAACAGAAACUGCAUUAUGAACUGGUGAAAGAGCUGCCACAUGAACAUAGAUUCUGCUGUGUGCACACCUGCAAACACUGAAGAGAUAGUCCUCACACACAACGACAUCCAGACACAUUCUCACACUUUGUAAAUACACACACACAAACACACUCCUGCACAACUUACAUAUAGAACAGAGUUAUUUACUUCACAUCUUCCUGAAGACACUCCUUCACCAUUCUCCUGUGAUCUCUGAGCCAACUGUACAAGGCUGUUGACCUCUGACAGAGCAAUGUUGUGUUCAUCUGAUUCCACAUGGGUUAGCUUUCAGCUCACUGGGGCCAACGAUCCUCACUGCUAAUAUUUCUGACCUUUCUAGGACCAGACAACAAGACUAACUGUACAUUAUUCUACUAGAAAUGCGUGUAAACUAUGAGAAUCGUUCAACUGUCAUGCGUCUUGUGACGCUGCAUUAGCGUGCGUGCGUGUGAGACUUUAUAAGCUACUUUGAGCAGCAGAAACCACUCGAGGUGCUACUGCAACAUCUGUAAUUUUCCAUUUUAACUGUAGAGUGUAGUAGUCAUUUGUUCUUGGUUGCAUUCAGAGUUUCAGAUAAAAGUGAUAUAUGUUUUCUUUCAACAUGUAGAAGUUUAGAAAUUGAUUUAGAAAUAUGAGUUAACAUAUUCUGAAAUGGCUUCCCUUCUGAGCAAGGAAAGGUUUUCGCUUUCUUGAUGUAUAAACAAUAAUUUGAAACCCGUGUCACCAAAUUGUUUGUUGGAUGGAAAUGGUGGUUGCCGCUUACGGAGCAGAAUCCAGCGUUUUGCUUUUCCACUAGUCAGCUGGUGAAACCAAGUCACCCACAAUGGAGUUUUGCUUUUCAAAGCGCUUUUUUUCUUUCUAUGUGGGAAGUAUCAUCAUAUCUACUACAGUUUGAUAUUCUCUGUACGUAAACGUAUUUGGUAUUCUACUUCUACUUUUAUUAUCUGCUGUUCUAUAGCUGUUCUAUUGCAAUACGUGCUGUGUGCUCGUUCUUGUUUGAAGUUUGACGAGGGACUUUCUCUUGGGUUAUUCUGAUUUUAGAUAGCAAGAUACAGCAAGUGACCCCGGAUAUGACUGAAGAAGUUUUUUGUUUUUUUUGGCAGCACAAAUGUAUAGUUCUGUUGUCGCAAUGUAAAUUGUACAUAGCAGUUAUGGUCGUAUUUAGAUCUUCUUUGUAUUAAGUAAGCAUAUGAUUUUUUUAGGAGUUCAAUCACUACACGACUGCGUAAUACACUUGACUGUGCUUUCAUAACUGAAAAUGUGUUUGUGCUGUCAAAAGUGCUUUAUUGCUUAUGGAAGGUUUAGUUUUUUUAGGCAGGCUUGUAGUUCAUCAGGGAUUGUGUGCAUUUGAUCAGACUUUUUAGCCCCACCAUCAUUUAGCAACACAAACGUCAUGUUUUAGAUGAAAACUUGGAUGGAUUGGAGCAAGAAUAUUCUUUAGUUUAUCAGACAGUGUGCAAACGAGCUGCGUGCGUGCAUGUGGGAAACAGGAUCAGUAUAAAGCAAUAGUAUAAGGAUUAUUGACGGGUUUGUGCCUGGUGUUACUGUUUUCAGCUCUGCAAUACUAGACCAGAGAUUUUUCACUCAUCUCCAUCUCCAUUUACAGCAGUAUUCACCUAAAACAAAUGAAGCCUAUUUAAUGAAGAUUGUAUUAUACCAUUAUAUCACUUAUAAAGUGCUGUCAUAAUGAACAAACGUGUACACUAAUCACAGAAUAUUUGACGCACUUUUAAAUAUUUUCACACUAAAUGAUUAGCACUGAUUUGUUAAGUAGCUUGUGACGGUACAAUCAUCUUGUGUUACCUAAUAGCCCCUCCCACCGGACAUAUUGGCUGCUGUCACUGUCUAGACGAGCACUAAACACCGAUGACACAUCUAGCAAGUCAUUCUUAAAAUAAUGGUGGCGCAACACUUCAGCCGAAUAAUUAUAAAUUGUUGCAUUGCAGAGAGAAUCGGGGGCUUAAAGUUUGAAUUCGCAUUUUCUGGAAGUGAGCAAAAUCAAAUUGAACUUGAAGCUAACGUGCCAUUAUGACAGAGUCGCACUUUCUGAGAGAUACUUGUUUGUGCCCCUCAUCCUUACUUUCUCUCUCUCUAGCUGUAGAAUUUAAGCAUUUUCUUGCUUAGUAAAUCAAACUGCCAUGUUUACUGAAAUAACAGUGCCUUGGAUUGGGUUGGGUGUAUUUGAUUGUGUGCAUGUGUGUGUGUGGGAGAGUGUUGAGCAUGUGGUUGUUUUAAGUUCAGGGAAGAGAAAAGUCCAGUGCGCAGUUAGGGAUCUUGUGCCAACAAAGUGCACUUAAAUUGACAAUAGCCAGAGCACCGACAGGCUCCUCUCACUCUGUUUUAGCACAAAAGCCAUGCCAUAAAGAGUCCAUUCCUCUGGUUUGAAAGGCAGCGUGUUCCUCUGGUGUUUAUUUAAUACCAUAUUACAGCCCAAACACAGCCCUUCAGUUCCAUGACGAGAUGAGCUCUUUGUUCUGGAGUGUGUGAUGGUGAUGCUUGUAGCUCGCAUAUCUUUUGCCAAACCAGGAAUGCCUCUGGGUUUUCAUGCCGGAGGUUCACAAAAGGUUCAAGUUGUCAUGGUGAAGAGCUGCUCGCAUGCAUGUGAUUAUAAAAAGUCCCCAACAUUCCCAAGAACUCUUUGAAUUAGUGAGAUUUUGCCUUUUAUGCUUCAUAGUCAAUGUGUAUAACUGUUCAUGCUACUGGAUUGACAGAAUUUAUGUUUUUAUAGCAGAAUUAUGAUAUAACGAGUAAACAAAUUAAACUGAAAGGAAAUAUGCUUUAUAAAUUAAAGAAUUUAUAUUAAGAUUACCAUUGCCUGUCAUGUUGAUGGAAAUGAAUGGAGGAAAAUAUAUAUAUAUAUAUAUAUAUAUAUAUAUAUACACAAAAUCCCUGAAUUCUUCUUAACCUUUUUUUUUUACCUAGAUGUGAAUCUUUAAAAUAAUUAAUGAACGUUAUCAAUAGAACUGAAUAAAUGAAUAUGCAUUGUUAUAUAGCAUUUUACUGGCUGAAGAAUAAUAAUUUGAGCACAGAGCUUCUCCCCUGUACAUAUGGCUGUGCGUUCAGUUCGACUCGUCUCUCUCCUCUCUCUUUCGCAGCGAGUGUUAUGAAAGAGAGCGUGUGGGUGUGUGACUGUGCAUGUGUGAAUAGAGGAGCUAUUUCUGAUCCGCGUGUGUGCUGUUCAUUAUUCCCUCAGAGGAAAGCGAGUGGGGGAGAAAAGACAAGAGCAGUCGACAGCGAUUGAGGACCGGUGUGGUCAAACAUACACACAUCAUCACUGGACUCAAGCCACACAUGCGACUCCAGUCAUGUUUGUGAAUGCCACUGACGACCAGUUGACCGUCGUGUCUCUCGUAGUUGUAGUCUCUCUACGGCAGCUACCACAGUCCUGAUCUCAUGCGAAAGCUCGUUUUGAUAUCUGAUCCAGUGUGUCAGGGGUUGUUCUGAAGGUACACGUGUUGUUGGCUUUAUUGCGGACGUUAUUGAAUGUAAUCAGUUUGGUUUAUUCUAGUAUAUUAAACCGAUCUGUUGGAUUGAAGGCUUUUGUAAGAAGAGUUUUACCGAAUCCAUGGUUUAGGUGCACAUGUAAAGACAUUUUACACACCAUCCCCCAGAUUUGAAGAGAUGUUUAUCAUCUAGACUAGGUCACGUGUGUAGCGGUCUUGGAGAGAUGCAGAGCUGUCUGGUUUUCGUUUUAAGGCCUUUACUGCUGUGUUUGAGGUAUUUAUCUACUCUACAUGCUAUUAGGACUAUGCUAACAAGUGGCAUUUCUCUUGUCGUUCUCUAGUAAUACAAAGUUAAUCCCUUAGCUGAUUUUUGUCAAAUAUUUACUACUCCAAAGAAUGAUUUGUAGUUCUUUUCCGUUGUGCUUUUGGUUUAAACUCAUAGCAGUAGCCAGGAAAGGUUAAAGGUUGUUUCUGGAGGACUUGAUAAAGUUGAUCCUCUGUGAUGGGUUGAUUAUCGUUCUUUUCAUUUACUUUUUAAAAGUUUCUGUUUCAUAAAAAAAAGUAGAUGUUUUAGACAUAUUUUUUUGUGUUUCUGUUUAGGAGAGGGAGUGCUUCAGAUGAUUUUAAGUCUUAAAGAUUGAAUGCAUUCACAAGUCUGUAAUGUCUCAAUGCAGCAUUAUUUGAAAAUUAAAAAUAACUUGAUCUCUGUUAAAA